UCUCGCCAGGAGGCCCCGCCCCGCGGAGGAGCAGCUUGAGGCCCCGCAGCACCCAGAGCUUCGCGCUGGAGCGACAGAUUGGCGGCGGGAGAAGGGAUUGAAGGCUUGGCAUUAGAACUUGGUGCUGGGGACAGCGAGGACUUGGGUUCUGCUCUCUGGACACGGGUUCAUGCUGAUGGCUGACAAUGUCAGGUACUAACAACGUAGCCCAGGCCCGGAAACUGGUGGAGCAGCUGCGCAUUGAAGCUGGGAUUGAACGCAUGAAGGUCUCCAAAGCCUCGUCAGAGCUGAUGAGCUACUGUGAGCAGCAUGCCCGCAGUGACCCUUUGCUGGUUGGGGUUCCUGCCUCUGAGAAUCCCUUCAAAGACAAGAAGCCUUGUGUAAUUCUCUAGCUCUCUCUUGCACCCUCUCUCUGUCUCUGUCUCUCUCUGUCUCUCUGUCUCUCUCUCUCUCUCACAAUAGCAUUCAAUUCUUAAUGAAAGAAAA